GGGUGAAUAUGUUGACUUGUUCGAGAAGUACCUCUCCUCGUUACUAAACCCUCUCUUCUUUGGCUUCCGCGUCGUCGACCGCGGCGACGAACGCGAGAGAGAAGGCGGCGGCGGAUCUCCCUCGUGCGUCGUAUCCGGGAGCUUGAAUUCAAAAUGGCUAAGUCAAGUACAAGCGAUGCCCAAGCUCUCUUUCGUUCUCUGCGUUCAGCUUAUGCUGCCACACCGACCAAUCUUAAGAUUAUUGAUCUUUAUGUGGUUUAUGCAAUCACUACAGCAGUAAUUCAGGUGGUGUACAUGGGAAUAGUUGGAUCAUUCCCCUUCAACUCUUUCCUGGCCGGCGUUCUGUCCUGCGUAGGGACUGCAGUACUUGCAGUUUGUCUCCGAAUCCAAGUCAACAAAGAGAACAAGGAGUUCAAGAAUUUGGUUUGCAGGAUCUACCACCCGAACGGGCUUUCGCUGAUUUCGUUCUUUGCAACUUGGUGCUCCACCUCGUGGUAAUCAACUUUCUUGGUUAGGGUGUUCUUCAUGGUGUCAAUCUUCGCGAUCUUUUCAAUAAUCUUAACUUUUGUAAGUUUGGCUUCACAAAAUUUACAUCAAACUCAGUUUUGGACUUCGUUUUUCCCUUGCUUUGGGUUAUCGCUUGAUGAGAAUCAUGUAAUUGCAGACUCUUUCCCUUUCCAUUGCAAUGACAUUUUUGAUAGUAUUAUGAAAAUUUAACUAAAAA